UUAAAAGUAAAAUUAAUCUCUUGUCAACACAUUUAGGACUGGGGCUAGUCGAAAAGACGUGAUUUCUGAACCGAGAGCGAUGAACAUGAGGUGGUCAGAAAGGCAGAACCGGGGACCAAAGUGGUUGCCUGGAUACCUGCUUCUCUCCCCAUCCAUCUGGUGCAGCAGGUGCGGGCAGUCCAACACCUGUGCAGCUUUCUGGGAUCAAGUGCUUAGGAUAAAUCAACAACAUCAUGUGGACCGUCUCACAGAUGCCUCCUGGACCUUGUGAGCCGAUUUCUGGAAGACAGUGACAGGAUUUUCCUUCCCUAUAACCAACGCUGCUCAACUUUAAUACACAGUGACGUUGAGCAACAUUGCUUGAGAUUAUGCUGAGCAUCCUUGCAGCUGGCUCCAUAUUCUUCCCAGGCCUCUUCCUGCUGUCCAAGCGAUUCCUGAAACAUGUUCCUGGGAUCAAAUGGAGCGAGAAGGAUGCUGUCAUCAUCUCGUCCAGACUGGUGUCCUCCGUUCAGGCCAUUAUGGCAUCCUCUGCCGGGUACAUCAUCGCCUGUUCUUGUGAAGACAUUAUUGAGGACCAGCAUUGGCUUACCAGCAGCUAUAUCCUCUUUGCUGUCCCCUACUUCGUCUAUGACAUCUAUGCCAUGUUCUUGUGUUACUGGUACAAACUUCAGGUCAAAGAUCAUGAGGAGGAGAGCGAGGCCAAAUCAAUGAGGUCAGCCAUCAGUGGCUAUCUGCGCCGAGAGUUCCUCAUGGUCUUGCACCAUGUCGUCAUGGUUACUGUCUGUUUCCCUGUCUCUGUGUUCUGGAGACAGGGCAAAGGGGAUUAUUUCCAGGGUGUGAUGUUCCUGGCAGAACUCAGCACCCCAUCUGUCUGUCUGGGAAAAAUACUCAUCCAGUAUAAGCGACAGCACACUCUCCUACAUAAAGUCAAUGGAGCUCUUAUGCUGGUCACUUUCUUCAUCUGCAGAGUUCUUCUCUUCCCCUACCUCUACUACGCCUACGGCAGGUAUGCAUCCAUCCCCUUCUACAUGGUGCCGCUGUCUGUGCCCUGGCAGUGUAACGCAGGUGCAGCUUUGCUCAUGGCUCCGCAGGUCUACUGGUUUUCCCUCAUCUCCAGGGGUGCUUUCCGUCUCUUCACUGGAGCCUCACGGCACAAAGCGACCCCUAGCAGCACAGACUCUGAACCGAAAACCUCACUCCGGCCCCCUGACUACGGAUACAGCCCCAGAGAGACUGACUCGCACUGAGAGAGGAGUAGAGAUAGAGAUGUAGGUACAGGGUAGCUGGGUUUAGACCAAACAGGAGACUGAAGGCAGAUCAUCUUAUUACAAAGGGUGGAUCUACCUUAGACCCAGCGGUGUGGGUUAGCAAGCAAAGAAACUGAAGGUCUGUACCCUCGCUAUUCACCGUCAUCCUCUCUUUGAGAAGAAAAUAAGUUUGCAGACCAAACCAAACAGAUAGUUUUCUCCCUAACAUGCAUGUUCUCUGUGUUGGAGCAGUAGGUCUGCUGCUUUGCAGGGUUAGUGCAUCAUUUGUAGAUUAACAUGGUCAUAAGCUUCAGAAAAAGGGACUAAUGUGGAUGCAGCAGGAACAGUAUUUCUAAUGAGUGAUGGAUGGAAGGAUUGAUAGAUCCCUCCUGUUCUCCUCUCUGUGAAUCUCUCUCUCUGUUUGUUACAGUUGCAGAGAGGAUAUGAAAAAGGAAACAGAAAUUUCUCAGUCGAUUUGUACAUACUUUAUCAAUAUUUACACUGAAUUGCAAAUAGAUUUUUAAUGUAUUUUAGAUUUUUGUAGAAUCUGUUUAUUUAUUAUUUAUUCAGUUCUAUUCCUAAUUACGGGAGGAUUAGUUUAAAACAAAACCAUUCACUUCUAAAAAAACGAAGCUGGUGGAUUCAAAACAACCCCUUGUAUCCUCACUGUGGGUGCAUGGCCUCCUUCCAGCUGUCCAGCUCUCUGUUUUUCCCCUUUCCUGGUUUUCAUGACAGCUGAAAACAAGAUGGCUGUGGCUGCAUCCAGUUAGUUAGUGAAUCAGCAGUUAGAAAGUAGAAGGGGGGUCAUUUAAAAGAUUUGGAUGAGGCUGAGUAAUGCAUUCGCAUAUCUCUGCUGCAGUACUCCAAUCCUUUUAAGAUCCAGACAUUGGGCGGAGGUAAAAUGCUGCACUUGAAAACCAGGCUAAAGUUGGCAAGGCAUUGGUACGAACCUGAGCCAGACAGUUUGUACAUUUCAUACAGUUUUAUAUGAGGAGAAUGCCAGCAUAAUGGCCCUCGCUUACCUCUAAGUAGACCCACACCACAAUAUGGAUUCAUUGAUUGUAAUCUGCACAUUGAACGGGUAACAACUGUGUUCUUUCUCCACACUGACGAGAUGUUUCUUAACUGCUUUUGUUUAUGUCCAGAUAUAUAGGAGGUCCACUGAUGAUGCGUUUUGUCACCAAUUAGUUCUCACUUUUAUGGUAAAAGUGUCAUUGGUGUAACACUGUCAUCACAUACCUCCCUUAGGCUUGAUUCUUUGGCUAUGCUCUCAAACAGGACUCUGCCAGUUUGAUGUUAAACAGUAUUAUUAGGGGAGGAAGUGAGAGGAUGGCGCACAAGGUGGAUUCUAGAAGUGACUCUUGCACUGAAUUAUCAUAAGGAGGGGUGCUAAACAAACAUCCAAGUCUGUGAGAUACCGUAAUAUGCUGUAAUUAUGCUUAUUGUUAAUUUAUUCUUUUAAUUUAUGUAUUUAUUUGGCCAAGUCUGAAUGUAGAUAUGACUUCACAUCUAAGUGUUCUUCUGUGUAGGCUUCUGUUUAUCUAGUUGCCUGAAGACUGUUCUGUAAUUCUGGUUUUCUCAGCUGAAAUAUACUCUUGCUCUCUCCUGCUGUGCUCUGA